GCGGGGUCGCGGAGCUUGGCGGCCUGCAAUUCGCUUGCCUGAUGGGGCGGCUUCGCGCGUGCUGCCGUCUCCGCCGCUUCCUCGCGCCGCCGCCGCCGCCACAAGCGGCUCCACCGGGCCAACCUCUGGCGCGCGGGUCCAACGCCGCGGUUGCUCACGUACCGCCUUUCUCGAGGCUUUUCUCGUCGGCCUCGGCGGCCGCGGCCAUCGCGCCCCACGACGCACGCGACUCGGGCCUCGGCGGCUCGACGUACUGGGCUUGGAUUCGUGCCGCGACCGAGUCGGCCCCGGCGCCCUCGCCGCCACAGGAGGAGGAGGACGAGGGCCCGGCACGGUACAUCCCCGUCAAGGCCUACUUCCUCUCCACCAGCAUUGAUCUGAAGAGCAUGCAGGCGGAGCACGGGAAUGAUAUCGUACCUCCGUCGACCCGUUCGCUUAAUUACAUUGCGCUUCGGUACUCCGAGUUCCCACCUGAGAUUAUGAACAUUGGAGUGAAGGACAACCGAUUUUGCUAUCGCUAUGUGGUUGUUUUCCAGUAUGGUUCUGCUGUGCUUUUCAAUAUUGCUGAUCAUGAAGCUGAGUACUAUCUUGAUAUAAUUAGGAAGCAUGCUUCAGGAUGGCUUCCAGAAAUGAGAAAAGAUGAUUAUGCAGUGGUCGAGAAACCAUCCUUGACAACAUGGAUGAAAGGAGGUCUUGAUUACAUAGUUCUUAAAAGUUUAGACACAGAUGGGAUUCGCAUAAUUUCAAGUGUUCUUGGUCAAAGUAUCGCCCUUGAUCAUUAUAUUCGGCAGGUCGAUGAUAUGGUUGAAGAAUUCACUGAAAUUAAUCGUGUCAUGGAAAAAACUGGCAACUUCACCAUGCAAAGAAAAAAACUCUUUCAACUUGUGGGCAAGGCUAAUUCUAAUCUUGCAGAUGUUAUCAUCAGACUUGGUCUUUUUGACAGGUCGGAAAUUGCUUGGAAAAAUGCAAAUUAUGCCCAAAUUCUAGAGUAUCUUCGGGAGGAAUAUGAACUGAAUCAGCGUUUUGGAAGCCUUGACUUCAAACUGAAAUUUGUGGAGCACAAUAUUCAUUUUCUUCAAGAGGUCCUCCAAAAUAGACGGUCCGAUCUGCUGGAAUGGGGUGUCAUAAUACUGCUGAUUAUUGAGAUUGCCAUCUCAUUAUAUGAAAUUGUCAAGGACUCCAUGAUCUCUUAGAGCUCUCUUAUUCAACAGAUCAACAGCACGCGUAUCCAUCCUUGACUCACAACCCAUCGUCCUGUUAUGCUAACUCCAGGUCCUCCUGGUUAACAAAAAAAGGGAAAAGAAAAGAAAGACCCCAGCUCCAUCUUUCGUGACUCUCCAUCUCCACCCUUUUGAUUUCUAACCUUAAAUGAAAGCAAGAUGGGAAUGCUCCUACUUCCCGUCCCGAGUACUCAGGCGUUCUGACCAUUGCAUCUUUGAUUUUCUUUAUCCUUUAAUUCCAACUCUCUCCUAACGAAAAGAAGUUUGUCCAAUUUUCCUAUGCCCAAUGAGUUCCCGGGCUGCCAGGGUUUUCAAAUUUGACCAGAUUACUAGUUUUCCUUUUCAAUCUUCAUGCCAUGUGUUCCUGGUACAUGUUCUUGGUGCCACUUUUAAUAUUGUCAUGCGACUGUUAAGGUCCAAUUUUUUGGCAAGGCUGAGGCCAGGUAGCUGGCUACUGGACCUGAUGUAAAGACCAUGAAAGCUUUUAUCAAAUGGCUUUAUAAUUUGUACAAAUAAUUAGCGCGGGAAGGUUCCCUUUGGGUUAAGCAUACUAAAUUGCAAUCUAUUUUGCGUUAA